AUGAUGUUAUUGCUUUUCUUGGCCAAAUUUGCCCAACAAGCAAUAAGAUGUGAUGAGAUAACUAAACUUCUUGAAUUUAAUCAGCCAAUAUCCCUAACUUGUACCGGUUUAACAGAUCAAGCAUAUCUUAUUAAAUUCUACGUAAAUGGCCUUUAUAUAGAUAACUAUUAUGGUUAUACCGGCAAUGUAACGGGUCCAAACACUAUAACAGUGACAGUUACGGAUAUAAAACCCUUUACGUUAUUUCAAAUUAUAGAAGUUCCAAAUUAUGAUUCUGAUUUUAUCAAUGUUAAAUUUAAUUCAAACCCUCAAAUAACAGUAUAUUCCUUUGCAGGGUAUUCUGGACAAUGGAAUCAAUUUUCUUUUGGCAAACUAUUUGCUUAUGAUUAUUAUGAAAAAGGACGAGAAUCUUAUAGAUUUGCACUUACUCAAAAUACAAAUGUAAAUGAGGAUAUUUUUCAAGAAAAUUCAUUGCAAAUCUCAAAUGAGUAUUUACAUAAUGUUUUCAUCCCAAGUUCUGUUCAAGAAGGAGAUUAUUACAUAGUUGGACAGUUAAUUUAUAUAGAUGAAAAGGGAGUAACAAAAAAGUCAUCAUUGUCUUAUUCUCCACUCACAUCUAUCGUGAAAUCGAAUAAUAGCAACCAGUUUUCUGUAAAGAAACAAGACGAACAAAAAACAUUCAUUGAUUCAAUUGGGAGAUUAGAGAUUAGUUAUGAAGCUUAUCCAACAGUUCCUUAUGCUAAAAUAAUGUCUAAAAUAGGCGGAUAUUCAGAAGAUAUAUCUUUAUAUGAAGAUCAAAUUGAUAUAACAAAUAUCUAUUACGGUAGAGAUACAUUUUACAUUUCAAACUCUUUAUAUGAAAUUGAACACAGUAUUACCUUUAUUUUGGUUGAUACGAGUAGUUCUCAAAUUUUAAAUCACACAGAAAUCGAGAUAGAUAUUCUUCCAAAAAUUGCAAUUAAAAGUCAUACGAUUGAUCAUCCAAAAGAUACUAAUGAUAGAUACCUUUUGCUUCCCGAAGAGUUCAUUACUGGAACUAUUACUUUGCAGAAUCAAAUUCCUAAAGAAUUUAUAUCUGUAUCGGAUGAUAGAGAUAAAUUAAUUGGCAAUAUUACUGAGAUUCCUGGUGAAAGUAAAAAGUUUGCAUUCAGUAUUAAAGUAAAUUUGGAUGACUACUCAUGGAAUAUUUUGAGAAUCUAUUUCAAUGUGGAAUCAGAUUCUGAUUAUUUCUCUUUGCAUUUUUCAUAUUUGAAAAUGGAGAUCAAUGUCAAUCACUGCUUGCCAAAAUCAGGUACUAUAGGAGGAAACAUUAAUAUUAUAAUAUCCAAUGCUGAUAAUCUUCACUUGAAAAUAGUUGGAAAAAUUGGCCAAUAUGAAUCUAUGAUUUCGUCAUAUAUUGAAAUUGACUCAAGAGAAAGUGACCAUGAUUUUUCAAUAGAUUUAGCAAAUAAAAUAACAUACAAUACUGAGGAAACAUUGCCAACACAAGCAACAUUUGCCUUACUUUAUAAUGAUGCCAUUAUAACUCAUAAAACAAUCGACUUUUUAAUUUUGGAACCCCCUGAAAUUGAAUCAAUUACAUUAUCAGGUACAACACAGGAAUUUGCAACAAACUCUAGAAUGACAUUUAUUAUUAAGAUAAUAAAGGCAGAUUUGAUAGAAGAUUCAUCAUUAAAAUUUGAAUUUGCUGAAUCAGGAGUUUCUGAUAUGUCAAAUCCAACAAUUGUCAAUACCUACAAACCAGUAAAAGUUUCCAACACUGAAAAUGAUUACAUGUUUGUUUUAAUUGUUCCAAAUAAUGUUGCACCAGGUCAAAAGAAUUUAUUAGUUAAAAUAUUAGAUACAAUUGGACAAGAAUCAUCACUCUUCAUAAUUCCUGUAACAAUCACACAAGGAAGACAAAUCACAGAAAGCUCAAUUUCAUGCCAUAAGACACAAGAUAUGAUGCCUGAUAAUAGUGAACAAAUGUUCAAAUGCAAUAUUGAUAACAUUGAAUCAAAUCCUGUUUACUAUAAAGCAAAAGUCGAUACACAUAUUGAUUCUGAUUAUGAACAAUAUGAUCUCGAUGUGCGCAUGGAAGAAAUUGGAAAUGAAAACGAAUUCAAUGUUUAUGUCACAAUUCCUGUACAAAAUGAGGAAAAAAUGUCAUUCUCAUUUGCAAUGAUUUCUUCUAAUGAAAACACUAUCAUCAAAUAUUCAGAUGUAUCUGAUAUAAAGAUUGUACCAUCACCUAAAAUUCGUCAAACUUCUUAUGACACCUUCAAUGUUGAAAAAUAUUCUAAAAUGGAAUUUCAAUUCCGUCUAGACUAUAUUUGUGAAUUCGAAUCAAUGAAAGCUCAAUAUAAAGAUUCUGCAAGUAAUAGCGAAUUUCAGAAUGUUAUUUCAAAAUCUGCAUUAAGAGAGAUCAAUUAUUAUGGUUAUUUAUAUAAUGCGUUUUAUGUGACUGCUAACAUUUAA